AUGUGUGCGGCGAUCGAUAUGCUGGCGUCGGAGCAACUAUUCUACGGUCACAGUCCACCCGCCGGUUUUCUCGCCGACUACACACCGCCGAGGCGGCCCACGAAAAUUACCACCCGAGGCUAUUCAGCGCCGUGCUUGUCGGUGCUAAAACCGGUGCAGCUCACUUUGAAAACUGCGCCGCGUUCUUGUUUACGGAUACCCACCGAAAAAAAGAAGAAACGGGUCGUGUUCGCUGACGACCGAGGUCUCGCGUUGGAGCAGGUGAAGUUUAUGACGGAACCGUCGCACGUGCCGCCGUAUUGGUCGUUCAAAGUCGUGUCCAGCCCACCGCUGGAGAGGAAACCGCCGCCGACACCUGUCGUCGAUUUGUGGGAGACUCGCUUCGUACAGCCAGCGUCAGAUUACUUGGAGUUCCGGAGGCGGAUAACCGAGGAUUGUGUGUCCUUGGAGAAUGUGAUCGUGAAACAAAAUGAGGGUGCCGUGGAUGGCACUGUGAAAGUAAAAAACCUGGACUUCUCUAAGGAAGUGUUCGUUAGGACCACGUCGGAUGGUUGGACCACGCACGAGGAUACGUACUGCGCUUUCAUAGAGUCUGGGCCGAUGUCUCAGGGUGGCGUGUCAACGUACGACACCUUCGGAUUCCGCCUUCAAUUGCCAAUCCAUUCUCGGCGGCUGGACUUCUGCGUCGGCUUCAGGUGUAAAGGCAACGAAUACUGGGACAACAAUAAAGAGAAGAACUACACGAUAGAGAAAUCGUCCGCCAGAAGCACGCCGGGUAUUUCCUGCGCUAGAAUCAAUUAUGGCAACUCCUGGUCAGCUAGGUCAGACAGCAAUAGCAGCACUCCGUAUUGGUGA